AUGAACUCAUUCUUCAAACUCUCAAUCGUCUUUGCCUUCUUCUUCGCUCUGGGUGAAGCUUGCACUGAUUCCGUGUCAAGGUAAAUCCAAUUCUAACCAGGAACAAAAUCUUAUGAAAAAUGCAUUUUUUCAGUUGCGCUAGCUGGAAGGCCAAUGGUUUCUGCACGAAUCCAUUCUACAACGACGCAACUCGCUCCAAAUACUGUGCCCAAUCUUGCAACCUCUGCGCCACCUCAACAUCCACCAAAGCGACAACAUCUGGUGAAGACAGCACUGAAAGCACAGUUUCUGGAGCAAGUGAGGCAUCGACAAGUAGCUCGACUACAACAAAAGCAGCUUGUGUUGAUUCAGUCAAAGUAUGUUCGUCGUGGGCUGCUAAUGGAUAUUGCACCAAUAGUUUCUACAAUGACACAGAUCGCAAGAAGAAUUGCGCAAAAACCUGUGGACUCUGUUAA